UAAUUCUGUACAUCGCGAGAUCGAGAGCGGGGCAUUAAGGGGUAAAUAUCGACGACGCAAUUGGAGCAAGUCGCCGGCGCUCGUCGUCCCAUGCUUGCUUAGUUACAAUCCUGUAGAAGUAAGCGCGUUAAGAAGAGAAGCGGGAGCAGGUGCGGAAAGAAAGAAGGAACGAGAGGUGGACAAAUCCGCACUGAAGUCGGUGAUGUGUCGCGCUGGCUCCCGGAGCCUCGAUGACCUUGACCCCGCGAGCAUGAAGCAUCCAUCGAGGUCAGCGGGUCUCGAGGUUGCUAUGGCGCUCUUCGGCAUGGUUUGGCUGCUGCGUGUCCGCUCUGAGAUGCGUCGUUGCUCGAAAUGUCGGCACGAGGAGAUGCUCGCUCAGCAGCAGCAGCAGCAUCAGCAGCAGGUGCAGCUGCAGCAGCAGCAGCAGCAGCAGCAGCAGCAGCACCACCAUCAUCACCACCAGCAUCACCAGCAGCAACGCACCCUGUCGCAGGCUACCAGCCUACUGCAGACGAUGUCCGACGACGUUAGCUCCUCCGCCAACACCCUCUUCACGUUGGACACUCCCGGAGCGGCUGGCCCGGCCGGAAGUUACUGCGAAGUGCACGGAUACGUUCAGGCGAAAGAAGAUAUCCAGGAGUUUUACGAGCUGACGCUGCUCGACGAGUCGAAAUCGGUGCAGCAGAAAACGGCGGAGACGAUCCGCAUCGCGGACAAAUGGGAAGCCAGCGACGGGCCAAUCACGCCGACCUUCGCCCAGAACGACGUGAGUACAAGUUAGAAGU